AUGAAUGAUGCUUGCUUUCUUAACGUAUACAGAGAUGUGGGUGUCCUUUUCAUUGUAUCCUACGGAUGACAUAUUUGAUCAGGGAAAAAUCUAAUUGUUUCAUCAGGAAAGGGAGCAGUAUGGAAAGAAACUAAAAUAUAUCAGGAAAGGUUCAUUAAGCAGACUGCAGCCCCCAUUUUGAUUCAACUGACAUGGAGUUAGAAUCUGUCCCAUGCACUGUUAGAUCUCCUGUCCCUCUUCAAGUUGGAGAUGUGAAGACGGAGCAGGCCAGGCCUGGUGUAUAUGUCAUCGAUGUCGCGUUUCCCAAAACUCAGACUGUUGAUCUGCAGGAGAUCACCUUUAAGAAUUACUAUACAGCAUUUCUGACUAUGCGGAUCCAGCAGAGGAGACCUGCGGAGUCACGUGGAAACCCUCCUCCAGCGUGGUGCACCUGUAUCAAGAAUAUGCGGCUGAUGCCAAAUCCUCAUAUGGAAGAGGGAUCCCAAGACUAUGUAUCUAUACAGAAGAACCAGAUGCUCUGCAACACAGAUCAUGUCAUAGCAAUUCGCCUGAUUUUACGACAACCGUCACCUGUUUGGCUAAACUUUACUGUUGAAGAUUUGCAGAUCAAUCCUCCAGGGAAGCAAAGUCCGCAGAAAGGGUUUUCCUGGUUGUUGUCUCAACUACCGCCUAAGGAACAACUUCAGAGCUUACAGAAGGGGCUGCCAGAUCCAGAUAAAGUAUCCAGCGAAGUGCAGCAGAUGUGGGUGCUGACGGAAGUGAUGAGGGCCAAUCAGAACACUGCAAGCAUUGGGAGAUUUGAU